AAUCGGGUAGCCACCAGAAAAGUCGAGGGAAGCGUCCAGGAAGAAAAAGCGAGCCACCCGCACCAGCCAAGCUAGAAGGGAGCACUAGGAAGAUCAACGAUGGCUGACGUCGCAGAGAAGCAGGAACUACCGCCCGCGGGCGAUGCCGGUGUGGCUCCGCCCGCCGUGCCCGAGGAUGUGGCCGCCAUGUUCGACCUGAAGAAGAAGAAGAAGAAAUCCAAGAAGGUCAAGAAGGAGAAGAAGGAGAAAUCCGAGGAUGCUGAUGCCGCCACGGAUGCCGCUCCUGACGCCAACUCGGUGCUGGUGCAGGACCCUGCCACGUACUCAUACAAGGACGAGCUGUUGGCGCGUAUAAUGGCCAAGCUGCACGAGAACAACCCGGAGCUGACGGACCGUAAGCGACACACGAUGAAGCCGCCUCAGCUCAUGCGUGUGGGUACCAAGAAGACGCUGUGGGUGAACUUCCAGGAGAUCUGCCAGAUGAUGCACCGCUCGCCCGAGCACGUGCUGCAGUUCACGCUGGCUGAGCUGGGUACGGAGGGAUCUAUCGACGGCAAUCAGCGUCUCGUCAUUCGUGGCCGCUACGUGCCCAAGUACAUUGAGUCGCUGCUGCGUAAGUACAUCACGGAGUACGUCUCGUGCCAGAUGUGCCGCUCGCCCAACACGACGUUGACGCGCGACUCGGUGAGCCGUCUGUACUUCGUGCACUGCCAAGACUGCGGUUCCUCUCGGUCUGUUGCUGCCAUUCGCUCGGGUUUCCACGCCGCUACUCGUGCCGACAGAAGGGCCGCUCGCAAGUAAGACUGCUGUGUGGAGUUGCAGUCGCUUAGGACGCUCGGCGGACAAAGUUAGAGCAAGAAUUUGGAGCUAUGGCACUAGAAAUUCUCUAUAGUUCAAGCCUUAGAGCCUCUCUGGUGAGUUUUAAACUGUGAGAUACCGACGACCCCUUUGAGGGGAAAAAACGAAGCGAGAUGAACACGGAGAAGACGAAUCUAUUGUAGAUGUUCGGUGUCACUAGGCUAACCAGUCUGUAGGUCUUAAUGGCGAUGCUUACUCUUCUUGGACUUGUGG